AACAAGAAAAUGGCGAAAAAGCUGUCAAACGAUUGUUUGUAAAAUGAAUUCUCUAAAUUGUAAACCCAGGCUAUAAUUUAUACAGUUUGUAAUUUAUUAGUAAUACUUAGAAUAUGAAAAUGUAUAGUAUUACAAAAAAAAUACAAAUUUUACAUCAACCAAAACGUUUUAGAUGAAGUCAAUUCAUAUCUACUGAGAUGUGCGAUUUUAAGUGAAUGUUUUGUAUGAAAAGUUCAAUAAAAUGCGGUGCAGCGUUCAAAAUUGCUCCAAUGACACGAGGCGGAAGACAAAAACUAAUGGACUCACGUUCCAUGUGUUCCCUCGCGAGCCACAGCUGCGUCAUGCCUGGAUCGAAGCCCUCGGCAUGUCAGAGUGGGAGCCGAAAGACAGAAGCACUGUGUGCUCCGAACACUUUCGAAACAGCGACUUCUAUGAGACCAAAUGUGGGCUCCGGAGGAUAAAGAACGGAGCUGUGCCAGUCCUGGGCCUUGGAUCCGAUGAUUUGGAUGCUCCUGCAUCGUUACGAGUGUGCAGAAUUUGUUUAUCCAUGGGUGUGAAAAUGUAUGACAUGUUUGAUUACCAACUGGGCGAGAUCUACCAACAACUGACUGACACUGAAUGGAGCGACAAAGACGAGCUGCCGCAGAAGCUAUGCUGGGAGUGUGCAGCCAGACUGGCAUCGUGUGCCAAGAUGAGAAGCAGAGCUCUCAGGAGUCAUAAGCUGAUGAUGGACGUGUUAAAUUCCACAUCCCCUAUCACAGUGAAAGACGUGAAGUCAAUAAGCCGGUCAACCUACGAACUGCAGUCUAGUCUCAUACAAAAAGUGUAUGAGCCUAACGAGUGCGACAUGUAUUGGCAAGAGACAUGCGAGCCGAGUUUGCCUGUAUUCUUGGCUGAAGAGAAGGAAGAAAAUAUUAAGGCGGAGUCCCCGGUUGGAUGCGCCGCAAGCCCGCUGCCCGAGCUGCCUCCAAGCGUGCAAGUUAAAGACGAAAGCACAGAAAUAUACUUCGACGAGUUUAAUGAUAACACCGACCAGUUUCAAGAUCAUUUCAACGAAUCGGAUGACAACGUGAAACUUAGUGAAGUUGCCGAAAAGCCUAAAGUGAAGAAGAAAAAAGUCAAAAUAGAAAAAGAAAAGAAACCGAAAGAACGGAAGAAAAAAGACGACGAGGAAAACCCGGUGGAAACUAUGGACAAAUACAAAACAUCAGACGUAAAAAGGAGAAAGACAGUCGAUGGGCCGGACGAAUCUCUAUUCAACAUCAGCACUCUCACUUAUGAAGAACAGAUAGCUGAAAUACAAAAAAGACAGGAGAGCACAGCAUACAAGACGGCGCCAUACAAAUGCGUCAUCUGCUUCAGAGGAUUCCUUGUCGCGGAGAGGUAUAAUGCGCACGCAGUCAGGCAUAGCGAGCAAUGCGGCGCGUACGAGUGUUUCAUAUGCAAGACUCGCCUGAAGACCAGUCGCGCUCUAAGGAAGCAUCUCACAGCACAACACACAGAGAAGUUUAGUUGCAAAGGAUGCCCCUUCGUCACUAGAAACAGAGGUGUAGCGAGGGAGCAUGAGAAAUGGCACGCGGGCGCUCGCUACCAAUGUCCACAUUGUCCCAGCGAAUUCGAUAAACUAACAACCUACAUGGGCCAUAUACGAAUCAAGCACGUAUCGGACUUUGUAUGUGAGCUGUGUGGAUUCACAUUCGUUAGUAAAAAAGGCAUUGAAGUACAUAAAAAGAAGAAACACAGACUUUCGGAUAAAACGGUGCCGCUAGAAGGUCCGUAUUGCUGCGUGUGCGAUGUCACAUUUGUAUCGGAGGAUGCGCACGCCCGUCAUCUCAAACUGUCUUCUAAACACAGCAGCGACAAUGACCCAAACCGAAUAAGAAACGACUCGCAAAGCAUCAACACGGAACGCAAUGGGCGCGUCAUGAGAAAAAUAGAGCGGCGGCCCGUCAUACACGCGCCCUCGCCUGCCCAGCCCGCCGGCGCCGGGCCCGUCACGUGCGAACAGUGCGGGGUCCAGCUCCGCGAUUUGCGUCUCUACGCGCAGCACUUCCGCCGCGCGCACCCCGACAAGAAUCGAACCAAGUACCCCGCCAUGAAGACGCCGUGCAUGUGCGAACAGUGCGGCAGGAUAUUCCAGAGCAUGGCGCUCCUAAAGGACCAUAUGUGGGUUCACACGGGCGAGAAACGAUUCAAAUGCGACCGAUGCGAGAAGAGUUUUACUCAGAAAACUAAUUUGGUCUUCCAUAUGAGGGUGCAUGGCGCUUCGAGACCUACGUACGAAUGUCCGCUGUGUGGGAAACACUUUGCUUUCUAUAAUAAUAGAAGACGACACAUGUUUAUCCACACCGGCCUCAAGCCUUUCAAGUGCGAGACGUGCGGCAAAUGUUUCACGACCGCGGGUGAGCAGAGAGCCCACGUAGAACAUGUGCAUUUGAAGAAGCCGUGGCCUAAACGCGCGCGCGGACAACGCGGCCCGAGGGACCCCGCGCCGUGGCAGAAGGGGCCGCUGCAUGAAGACUAGGACUGGUAGGGAAUAAGUCGCUUGGGGUGCGAAAGCACCCCACCAAUGAAUAUAGCAGAAAAUGCUGUUGCAUCAAGACUAGCGGUCUACAUACUGAUGGGGUAACUUGCCACCUCACUGGCUAAAUACUCACAUGGAGAGCUUAUACACCCCCUUACUAAAUAGUGACAUGGUGUGCUUAAGCACCCCCUUCCAAUUAGUCGUAUGCGGUACGAAUGUAGUUCACUCUGCUACGGGGGGUAGCAACUAACUAAGAUGGCGAUCCAAUACUCAGGCCUUCGACAAUAAGAAUCUCAAAUAAAAAUUAGCAUCUCGAAUUCUAGACUACGAAAUUUAUCCUAUUAUACUUUUGCAUUCCAAACUAAAUACUCGUGUGGGGUACGUAGGGACCCCACAAAUGGUCUGAGAGUAUAAUAAUAUACUGAUGUGCGAUGUUAUUUAAUGAAUGGAAUUAAGAAUAGUGUGUCUAUAUUAAACGAAUGUAUUUAUAAGAUUUAGCUAUAAACUGCCUUAUAACCGUAGGCAUUUGUAAAAGUAUUAUCCCAACUA